UAAAGUACGGAAGAGAUUCCUCAGAGCGUCUAGUUAAGCAAGAUUGUUGACUCCAGGAGGACCCGAGAGAGAAGAGAGAAGGAUAGCAAAAGUAAAAGUGUAGUUUCUUCGAUUGUUGUUCAAAUUUAUAUGUAAGACCCAUGGAGUCAGCCAUUCAGACUGUGGUGGGGGUCUUCCUGAAGUCCGCCAAGGGCAAGGAGAGCCUGGGAGGGAAGGAUUUCCAGAACCUGGUCAAGAGCCAGUUGCACAACAUCAUGACGGACACAGACAGUUCUGAAGCAGUUAAGGAGAUGCGCCAGGGGCUAGACGCCAAUCAGGAUGGGAAGGUCAGCUUCCAGGAGUACAUGACCCUGGUUGGCUACCUGGCCAACAUGCUGAGCCAGCAGCGCACCGUCGCCCAGGAAAAGCCAGCGGAGAAAGAGGAGGUGGUAGAGGACGAGGAGGAGGAGGAGGCCACAUAGACUCCCUACACCCCACAGGCCACGCCCAAACGCUAUAUAUCACACUAUGACACAUUAACACACGGCACACUUCAUACCACACCAUGCCAAUAUGCGCUACACUACAUACCACACGUUGUCAAUGCAUACCACAUUACAUACCUCACAGUUCUAGCAUACACUACACCAUGUGCCAUAAUGUGUUAACAUGCAGUACGUCACUCAACAUGCCACAGUAUAUUAACACAUACCACAGAACAUGUAGCACUGUGUUAACACACAUCACACUUCCUAAAACAGUACAUUCCACACUAUGGCAACAUUUACCAUGCUCCAUUCCACAUAAUCGUUAAUCUAAACCACACACUGCACCACAGCAUGUCAACAUAUACCACAUUACAUACCUCACCAUGUUAACACACACCACAGUACAUAUUGUGAUAUAUAAUAACAUACACAACACUACAUAACAACAUACUAUACUGUGGUGACAUAUACCGAUCCACGUACCACAGUAUGUCAUUUCACACUACACUGCAUUCUUACACAUGCAAUUAAUAUUUGUCUCUCAGCAUUUUUACAUUAACCGCUCAUUGUUUACCAGCUGCAUUGCAAAAGCUCACACUAAUUAAUGCAGGCUAGCAUCUUUUUGUUCCUCUCGUUUUAAAGCUUAACUUACGUUAGGCUGCAUAGUGGGACCAAGCUUGGAGCAAGAGCAAAGGGAAGAUUAAGCGGUGUGGUGUUUCUUACACUGCCACUAGUGUUUCUGUGUACAUCCAAGGGAGUUAUGGUGCUCUCUGAGAGCUUUGUAUUUCUUUUAAUAGCGUGAUUCUAAGCGGUAAAAGCAGUACAAACUCACAGCUUUUGUAUGCUUACAUUUUUUUAUUUUCUAUAGUAACAUACACUGCUUUGCUUUAGCUGUUUCACAGUUUGGACACUAUAACGCUAUAUGCACAAUAGUAAUAUACAUCUCGCUAAAUAGCACAAAUAACACUAUAUUUACAUACACCUUUCUACAUACCACAGGUUAUGUAUACCACACACACUAUGUUUGCAUUCAGUAACACACUGCGUUAACAUAUACCACACUACACAUUACACCACAUUCAUGCACAUACACUCUAUACUAAACUAAACUGAGUGUACAACCCACUAGAUGCCACUAUAUUAACAUAACAUAUGUUUUUCUCUACAUACGUGCCACACUUACAUGCAGACAUUCUUGCACUGUGUUUCGCUAUCCUAUAUUGUAGCAAAGAUGUUUAAACAGAUUUCUUCAUUUUCUGUUGUGGAAUUUCCUUUAGUAAUUUCCCCUAGUAACACUUCCUCUAGUAACACAGACUGCACUAAUGCACCACAGUGCAUCGUCUAGUGCUAGUGCUCCCCUACAGUAGUGAAACACCGACGGUUGCACUACCACGCUUGUGACGAUGGGGCUACUUUGUGAACAUGCACCUUUCCCUGUGUUCAUCACACGUUUUUGUGGGUUGGUCACCCCAGUGCCUCCUUGCCAGGUUUAUUGAUACCUUUCAAUUAGCAUUGGAUUAAGGCCUUGAAUAUCAGGUGUAUGACACCUCAUCCAUAUAAUGACUUGGAGUAAAUAAUUAAGAGCUGAGAUGGAAUGAAUACCAGGGACCCCUGUAGACCUCAGAGCUGAAAAUAGCCCAUUCUUCUGGAGGGCUGACCCGGUGUCCCGGGACAAAACCGAAGCUAGCACACUGACACACUCCUGAACUAUCCUCUUAAUCACAUCUUCGAGUAUUGUGCACUGGCCUUUGAGGCUAAACCACAGAGCGCCCUUUGAACUGCACAUCCAAAAGGUCUGUCCACUCCCAGCACUGUGGAAUGCAUAUGCCCACCACUGGCAGAACAUUUAUUCAUCUGCCGACCUGUUGACACUUCAGUUGUAUAUAAACCAACAGGUAUCACAUUUUACCGAACGUUGUCACACCAAUAAAAUACGCCUGAAUUGCAGUUCUGCCAGCAGAGGCAGGCACCAGAAUGUGCUAAGUACACACACACGUGAGUGCUUAAUCCAGUGCAUACAAUGACGCGCCACGACAUCACUCUGCCAUUCUCCACUCUAUGCACCAUUACACACUGAAACGCUAUACUUGGCGUUAACACCAACUCCAAAUUAGCAACACACUAACCUUUUUGACCUGCAGAGCUGUGUGCCUAUACCUGACAUCUCUAUAUGUACAACCUUGCUAUCCCUGCUGCCUAGAGCAGUACACUUGCGCACACACCACUGUGUACACUGAUGUGCCUCGAUAUGUAUACCACUGCUUGCUGAGAUGCUGACACUCUGUCGUGGACAGAAAGGCUGGCUGGCCCACCAGGCCGCCCGCUUGUUCCUGCAUACACACCACCAUGCCAGGGCUGUAGCCACUGUGUGUACCCAACCACUAUGCUGUAACUGUAAUGUACACCUUCGCUAUGCUGUUCCAUUGGCAGUAACACAGUAUGUAUGCCCCUACAUCUCAUGGCUGUUAAUAAAAGACUGA